CCUAGAUACACAUCACGAUUAUCGCUAGCGACACUGCCUUUGUCUGCCGCGAGGUGCCGCUGUGCGUAUUCGCUGUGGACGUUUCCAUGGAGACGUUCGCCGGUAUGAAGUGGCGAGAAAAGAGCAGUGUGCUCGGAAUGACGUAAUGUGAUGGAUUGAAGCCGCUGUAGCGCCGGUCCCGCGUGCACUCACUGCUGCUCCGCUCCGCAUCCCUCAGCGGACUCUCUGCGCUCUUGUUUGGAAGACCAAUCGUGGAGCAAAAGUACCAUCUCUGGAUUUGUGCUUUUUGAGGAUUUUACAAGACCCGACUGUGAUGUAAAGCUGCAAGAACAUGCCGCUGUGUCAUAUGCAAGUUUUCAGAUCAUCAGGAAAAUGACUUUGUGAAUACAGAAAUGUGUAAUUAUGAAGUUGGGGUCGCUGGUCACAGGGGCCCUUCCCCCCUUCUCGAUGCCUGUCACAGAGCAGCCGUGCUGGGCUUCAUCUGAAGGGAUGCACCAUGGUGUGAUCACGCGUCUGUCCUACCCCAGACUCAAUGAAUCGCACGAAUGAAUGGACAUUACUGUGGCAAAGGGAAUUAGCUUGGUUGCAUAUGGACUUUGGAUUUGGGAAUACUGGAACCAGUCGGAGAGCGUUGGAUUUUUAUUUGAAGAAGUGCAGUGGAUACUUCAAGGAGUGUUUGUGGAAGAUGUCUGAGAAGGGAGCCGAGGCAUCUACAUCUCAGCCCCCAAAGCGGAAGCAGGUGAUUCAUGGUCUGGAAGACCAGAAAAAGAUCUACACGGACUGGGCGAAUCACUACUUGGCCAAAUCGGGACACAAGCGGCUGAUUAAAGACCUGCAGCAGGACGUGAGCGACGGCGUGCUUCUGGCUGAGAUCAUCCAGGUUAUCGCAAAUGAGAAGAUUGAGGACAUUAAUGGAUGCCCCAAGAGUCGUUCUCAGAUGAUUGAGAACAUCGAUGCCUGUCUGAGCUUCCUAGCAGCCAAAGGUGUGAACUUACAGGGACUUUCAGCUGAAGAGAUCUGGAAUGGAAAUCUGAAAGCCAUCUUGGGGCUUUUUUUUAGCCUGUCUCGAUACAAGCAGCAGCAGCAGCAGCAGACGACGAACAGACAGACGCACACGCAACACACACAUUCACACACUCCCUUAAUCCAGCAGAGCAGCACUCCGGCCCAGCUGACCUCCACUUCGCAUGGGACGCACACACACAAAACACAGCCAGAGAUGCAGUCCAGGGAUGGCUCUCAGAGUAAACUCAAGUUUUCCAUUGGUCAGAAAAAGUAUUCUAGAUUACCUGGCCCCACCUCGAGGAUGCCCACUGCGGGCAGUGAGAGUUCUCCUCGAGGGUCCAUCAGUUCAGCAGGGAAUCGCCGCAGUCAGGUGUUCAGCGAUAAAGCCAAACCUGCAGCAGCAGCUCAGGCCAAAGAAUCAUCAGAGAGUGUCUCCUCACACGGCAUGACUGAGCACACUCUGUCAUCCCUGGCGUCCGCCUGCACCUCUGUUAGCACCAGCACUGUGGCAUCUUCAUCUUCAUCAUCAGCCAUCCCCCAGCCAAACUCGAGUAGCAAACCCUGGAGAAGCAAAUCUCAGAGCACCAAGCACACUGCUACCUCCACCGCUACCUCCACGGUGCUUUCCAUCAAACCAGAUCUCCAAGCCAAGGAGCCCGUGCCUGCAGAGCCGCCACCGAAAGCUGUGCCUCAGAAGUCCAUGCUGGAGAAACUCAAACUUUUCAACAGCAAAGGAGGCUCCAAGUCAUCCACGCAAGCAGAGAGCGCCGUUACACUGACAGGAGGAAAAGAUGGCGGUUUGGUUUUAGAAAGAGUCGAGGCUGGUUCCAAUACAAAACCCACUGAGGAAAUGGAUGGGAAUGUCAGGCCCACAAACGGAUCGAGUGCCGUUAUGAUGACAACCAGCAGCCCAAAGAUUGCGCUAAAGGGCAUUGCGCAACGGACAUUUAGCCGGGCGCUCACAGCAAAAAAAGCCUCAACUAAAGCCGUAGAUAAAGAAAAAGAAAAAGAACGAGCUAAAGAAAAAGACAAAAAUGGGAAAGAGGGGUCAAAGUGUGUCCCUUCCUCCGAAAAGGUAGAGAUCAAAGAGGAAGUUAGGGAGGAAGUUGUUCCCUCAAGCAGAGUUGCUCCCUCCGAGGCAGAGCCCAGGAAAGCCUCCAAGAUCGCCAGCUUCAUACCCAAAGGCGGCAAAGUGGGUGGUACCAAGAAAGAUAGCCCCGCCCCUGUGCAAAGCGGAAUUCCAAAACCAGGAAGUAAAAACACUGGAAAUGGAGCGGUAAAAAGUUCAGCGUUGCCCCUCGGUGGUAAAGACAAUGAGAUGCCCCGCAGUAUGCGUCUGGGAGGGGGUCUGGGACUUCAUCGGGACAGCCGACAUUCCUCGUCCUCUUCCAGCCUGGCUUCCACCGAGGGGAAAGGACACCACAGCGCCGCCCCGGUGGCCAACGGAACACAAUCCACGGCCAGCAACACAGUCAGUGUGCAGCUGCCUCAGCCACAGCAGCAGUACAGCCACCCCAACACAGCCACCGUAGCACCCUUCAUGUACAGGUCUCAGAAUGAGGCAGAUGGAAACAUUGGCACAAUCCCAAGCUCUGGAUGUCGUAGUAGUGACUCCAGUAGCUUCAGUAAGAUCGACCAGUCUUCUACUGAGGACCUGUCAGGUGAAGAUCCAGAGACCAGACGUCUGAGGACUGUCAAAAAUAUUGCUGACCUGCGGCAGAAUUUAGAAGAGACCAUGUCAAGUUUGCGGGGGACGCAAAUCACACACAGCACACUGGAGACCACUUUUGAUGGUAGCGUUACUACUGAAAUGAGCAGUCGCAGCAUCCUCAGCAUGGCAUCUCGCCCCGCGCCGCUGUCCUGGGCCAGUCGCAUAGGCCAGUCCAGCCCCCGUCUACAAGCAGGAGAUGCUCCCUCGGUUGGUAACGGGUAUCAGUCCCGCAGCGGAGGUGUGGCGUCCGGCCAGGGCCGUUAUCUGUACCAGGCUCCUCUACGGAAGCAGCUGGCAGCGCGUGGCAGCGCCCUCUGUGGCCUGGAGCUGGGAGACAGGGUGGAGGAUCUGGAGCUGGCAGGUGGGGGGCUGGAAAUGAGCGGCUACAUGAGUGAUGGAGACGUGCUGGCAAAGAACGCCCGCUCUGAUGAGCUGACCAGCGGGUACAUGACGGAUGGGGGAUUGAGUCUGUAUACGCGGCGAUUGAACCGUUUGCCGGAUGGAAUGACAAUGGUACGGGAAAGUCUGCAGCGUAACGCCUCCACCGGCCAGGGAGACGCCGACAGUUGGGAUGACAGUAGUUCAGUAAGCAGUGGGGUCAGUGAUGCUAUUGAUACUGAUGACAUCAACACCAGCUCCUCUGUAAGCUCUUAUGCCAACACCCCCGCCGCGUCCCGUAAGGCUUUGAACGGACAGCCUCAGACCGAUGCAGAGAAGCAUUCAGCAACCGAACGCAACACUGCUUGGUCCAGUGAUGAGGUCAAGAUGAAGUCAGACGGGGGUUUGGAUUGUGGCAUCAAAAUGGAAGCAGGUCUGAAGUGGCGGCGGAACCCUUCAGAUGUUUCGGAGGAGUCAGAUAAGUGCAGCUCUGGACGGAAAACCGCACCCAUCACUCAGACGGGCUCCUGGAGGAGGGGCAUGAGCGCGCAGGUGGGCGUGACCGCGCCGCGGACGAAGAGUACAACUGCAACCACAGGAACCGGCAUGAUAAAGACACAAGGGACGGGUAAAACAGAUGACACCAAGGUCUCCGAAAAAGGCCGCAUGUCUCCCAGUUCCAACAUCGUCCAGCAUUCCUCCUCCGACGCCGGUCGAAGCAGCGGAGACGAAGCCAAGAAAACGCCCGCAGGCCGAGUCCCCACAAGCACAUUCGGUUUCAAGAAGCCUAACGGUGCCCACGGCCCGGCCACUGUGGUAACCACCUCCAGCAUCACUCUGGUGACAGCGAGCGGUGCCACCAUUACCAGUGGCUCUGCCACCCUGGGCAAGAUUCCCAAAUCAUCCGCCCUUCUGGUCGGUGGGAGAGCAUCAUUAAAAGGGGCUGUGGAUGGUUUAUUGCCCCCUCAAGAUGAUGGCUACCUGUCCCCCAGUAGAAAACUUUUUGGUGGUAAGGCUGCUAAACAGGCCCCGGUUACCUCUGCAGAGAGCAUGAAAAACUCAGUCGUCAUCUCCAACCCCCACGCUACCCUUGGGCACACCCAGUCCUCCGGUGGGCCCUUGGACUCCCCCUCCACAAUAGCAGGCAGCGGCGGCAGCAGUCCCUUGUACGGGGGUCGCGGCGCCAGCAUAGGGGGCAGCGAACAAGCUUCGAGCCCUGGUUCGGUGUACUCAACGUGCACUGGGACCUGGGGCACCACCAUCAGCAGCUCUUCGGCUCUCGGCUACCCCUCCGUCAGCAGCAUGCACACCAGCAGCGAGUCCAUCGACAUGUCAGUGGGCAGCGGGCAUCACCGUGACGAUGUCCACCCGGUACUGAUGCGGACGGGUAGUGCCAAGACAGGCAUGUCAGAGAGUCCCCUCUCCUCUCCCUCUGCAAGUCCUAAAUUCAGCCGUAACACAUUGCCCCGGAAGCAAGACAGGUACGCCCCUUCAACACAUCUGCGUCAGGAAGAGGCACGUGAUUGGCUGCGCUCACAUUCGGCCGGUGGAUUGCAGGACUCAACCAGUAACUCUCCCUUCUCCACCGGCUCCAGCUUGACGUCACCAUCCGGAACGCGGUUUAACUUUGCUCAACUUGGAAGCCCCACCACGGGUGCUCAGAUUAAUCUAGCAAGCCUGCGCAACAACAGCCUGACCAAUCAGGACAACCCGCUGGACAGCCAUGGUGAUUCCCGUCUGCGCAACUCCUGCAUGUCUCUGGAUGAGAAGACCCGCACCAUGAGCCGGUCGGGAUCCUUCAGGGACGGGUUCGAGGAAGGGCCAUGCCUUUCCAAAACAACCAUAACAGACUCACGUACAGUAGUUCAUGGAUCAUCCCUCUCACUGGUGUCCAGCACCUCUUCUGUCUAUUCAACGACGGAGGAGAAAUCACAUUCAGAGAUCCGCAAGCUGCGUCGAGAACUGGACGCCUCCCAGGAAAAGGUGUCCGCCCUGACAACGCAACUCAGUGCCAAUGCCCACCUGGUGGCAGCAUUUGAGCAGAGUUUGGGCAACAUGACCAUCCGACUCAAGAGCCUCACCAUGAACGCAGAACAGAAAGACUCUGAGCUGAACGAGUUGAGGAAAACCAUUGAGCUGCUAAAGAAGCAAAACGCAGUGGCUCAAGCGGCCAUCAACGGCGUCAUCAAUACUCCAGAACUCACCUGCAAGAGUGAACGCACAGGUAAUAAUGGUUCAGCCCCCGGAGCGCAGCCGGACCUGCGCAUGCGCAGACAGCACUCAUCUGACAGCGUCUCCAGCAUCACCAGCCACUCCAGCCUGGGCUCCAACAUGGACAACCCCGACUCCAACAGCAAGAAGAAGAAGAAGAACUGGCUGAUGACCUGUGCUGGAGGUGACGUGUCAGAUGAUGAAUAUGAAUAUGUGUAUGAGCUGCGGAGCUCCUUCAAACAGGCCUUCAGUAAGAAGAAAUCACCCAAAUCAGCUUCGUCCCACUCAGACAUUGAGGAGAUGACGGAUUCCUCUCUCCCUUCCUCUCCCAAACUCCCUCACAACGGCACCAGCACCUCGGCACUGCUGCUCCGCAACACACACUCCCUUCUUGAUUAUAAAUUCCUCUUCUUUGAAUUUUAUGAACUGCGAGAGAAGGAGAUGAAGUUGACGGACAUUCGACUGGAAGCCCUAAGCUCCGCCCACCAGCUGGACCAGCUGCGGGAGGCUAUGAACCGCAUGCAGGUGGAGAUCGAGAAGUUAAAGGUGGAAAAUGAUCGUCUUAAGUUGGAAAGCCAAGCCAGUGGGAGCAGGGCGUCCUCUCAAGUGUCCGUCUAUAACGCGACCCCGACCCCCACACCUGGCCUGUCUCAACACAGCCUCAACCUCACAGAGUCCACCAGCUUCGACAUGUUGUUGGAUGACUCUGGUGGAGACGGAAGUUCUCGUAAAGAGAGCAGACAUGUAAAAAUAGUUGUCAGUCUUCAAGAGGGCGUCACGUGGAAAGAGGACUGCAGGACUCGAGACUUCCUGAUUGGCUGCAUUGGUGUCAGUGGAAAAACCAAGUGGGAUGUUCUGGAUGGGGUUGUACGACGCUUGUUUAAGGAGUAUAUCAGGCAUGUUGAUCCGGUCAGUCAUCUGGGUCUGGGUUCAGACAGUGUGGAGGGUUAUCGUAUUGGAGAUGUGAUCCGGUCCAGCGGAGCAGUCACACCUGAACUCCUGCCCUGUGGAUACCUUGUGGGAGAGAAUGACACAAUCAACAUCUCGCUGAAAGAUGUGAACUCUCAGUCUGAGGAUUCUCUGGUCUUCGAGACGCUGAUCCCCAAACCCAUGCUCCAGCGUUACGCAUCUUUGCUCCAGGAACAUCGCAGGAUCAUCCUUUCAGGCCCCAGCGGCACUGGAAAAUCCUACCUGGCCCACAGACUGGCAGAGCAUCUGGUGCUGCGAGAGGGCAGACUGCCCAAUGAGAGCAACAUUGUCACCUUCAACGUCGACCAUAAAUCCAGCAAGGAGUUGCGUCAGUACUUAGCUAAUAUAGUGGAGCAGUGCAGCGCUGACGGACAGGACACUGAAGCCCCUCUGGUGCUCAUUCUGGACAACCUUCAUCACAUCAGCUCACUGGGAGAGAUCUUCAACGGCUUGCUUAGCUGCAAAUACCAGCGCUGCCCGUAUAUAAUCGGCACGAUGAGUCAGGCGACAUCUUCUGCUCCAAACCUGCAACUUCAUCAUAACUUCAGAUGGGUGCUGUGUGCUAAUCACAUGGAGCCGGUAAAAGGUUUCCUGGGCCGGUUUCUGAGGAGGAAGCUGAUUGAGACAGAGAUCGGCAGCCGAACACGUAACCCGGAGCUGGUGAAGAUCAUAGACUGGAUUCCUCAGGUCUGGCACCACCUCAACCGCUUCCUGGAGGCCCACAGCUCCUCUGAUGUGACCAUCGGUCCACGUUUGUUCCUGUCAUGUCCGAUGGAUGUGGACGGUUCUCGCGUUUGGUUCACUGACCUGUGGAACUACUCCAUCAUCCCCUACAUGCUGGAGGCUGUGAGAGAAGGCUUACAGCUGUACGGUCACAGAGCUGCAUGGGAGGAUCCUGCGCUGUGGGUUCUGGAGACUUUUCCAUGGGCAGCUUCUCAUCAGCACCCUGAUUGGCCAGCUUUGCUGCAGCUCCGCCCAGAGGACGUGGGCUUUGAUGGAUACUCCGCCUCCAGAGAGGGCCUUAACAAACAGAGUACGCAGAGUGACAGUGAUGCCGACCCACUGAUGAACAUGCUCCUGCGUCUGAAAGAGGCAGCCAGCUGCUCCAGCCCGCAGAGCUACGACAGCGACUCCAAUAGUAACAGUCACCAUGAUGACAUCCUGGACUCUUCGCUGGAGUCCACGUUAUGAUCCAGCCUGAUCCGUGAACUCUAAUCAAGUCAUUAUAUCACAUCUACGGGUGCUGGUAACCCACUUCAUAUAUAAAUAUAUAUAGAGAGAGAAAUAUAUAUGCGCCAAAACUCAACGGUACUUCAGUGUGAUUUUUAUUUUUAUUUUACAACAACGAAAUCAGAAGAAAGUGCUUUGUCCCCAUUUUUACCUCAAAAGUAGAAGUGCGGGCACAUUAGCUAAAUUUUAUGGACAAAAAGGGUUCAUUGUCUGUCGUCAAUAAUGUAGCGAUGUGUGAAACAGAGCUCACACAAGUCACUUUCAAACCAAACGGUGAAUCAGAGUGGCAAACCUGCAUCUGCUGCGAAAUCUGCGUAGAUCAAUUUUCCGCCAUCACACAAAAUUCCCGAUUACAUGGAUUUCACAUACAAAAAUUUGCCAAACUUCGGUAAAUGUGACCGCACCUUAACUGUUGGAAAUACUUUCGCACCCAAUGCAAUGCUUGUUUGUCUUACCCUCUACUGGUGAAACGGAGGAAUUACAUCCUAAACCCGAGACCAACAUCUUGGCGUCUUCACUCAAAAGAACAUUGACUUUCCCUGUAAUGAUGGACUUGUUCAUGACUUUACAAAACCAGCUUGAUUGGAUGCUAACCAUCGUUUCAUGUUUUACAUGAUAAGGAUACGGAUGAAAUAGCAUGGUGCUACACUUAUGAUUUUGGAUUUAUUUAUUGUGAUGAUUGGAAAAAAUACCUCGUUUGCAAUCUGGGACGUGCUUUUGUUUGCCUUUCUGCAUUUUUUUUUUGUUACCACCCGUUCCUUAACUGCUGACCGCAUGUUCCAGUGUUCUACUGUAGCACAAAGCCUCUCUAUCUAUUUUUUACACUAGACCACGCUCUGUUUUUGGUGCUGAAUAGAAUUUGGUGCCUUACUCCAUUUUGUAAAGAAAAAACGGCACUAUGUUUUAUACUUCUGAAAAAUGCUGAUUUUAUUAACUACAGGGCUCUACGCUAGUCCUUUGUAUUUGCCUAAAAUAAACAGCCUCACACUCAUCAUAUCAUAUCAGAGGAGCAAAAUGUGUGGUUUAGAAAAGAGGAAGUGGAUAAAGGGAGCGGCAGGGCGACUGUAACCUCCAUCUGUUUUGAAAUUCACAUUUUUUUAAAGCAAAGUUGCUACACAGUUAAAGGGACAUUUUACUUUCAAACAUGUAUGAGAAAAAUUAUGCUUUUUUAUAUGUGAAAUAUCACUACUGGCACAGGUCAUCUUGAGGGGUUCAGCUGUAAGGCUUUGCUUGGUGCUUUAAGACCGUCUCAACACAUCUUGGCUAAAGCACAGUGAGAAAUUGUUCAUAAUUUGGUGUAUGAGUAUACCUCAUUGACCAUUUUGGCCUUUUUCGUGUACAUAUCUUGCAUUCAAUGUGAAAGAGUAAGAAACAUCCACAUAGUCAUUGGAUUAAUAAUAUACUGUAUUUGCUGCUUUGUAAUGCAAGGAUGCUUCUGGAGGAUUUGUACAUAAGAUUUUAUCUUUGAUUCUCUAUAAGAAAUAUCAUUUGGAUGGACAGUGAGUUUCCUUGCAUGGGAAAGCAUAAUAUAUGGGACUCUUCAGUGGUUUCACCUUCUUUACGUUGUGAAAUGCUGUUGGUAUGGCGCUGCAGGGUUUUAGUUACACCGUUGCUUCCAUUUCACUCCAGUGUAUGAUUCCUGUCAGUCAUCGAUCCUAUGCAACAUCAUUGUGGAUUUCACUGGAAGCCAAAUAUCGUAGCUCUGUAAUGCUGUCAGCACUGCCAAUACGUUGUGUGUACACUGUGUAUAUAAUUUGUGAAUAAUUUUAGGAUAUGUGCCUAAUUUUCUUUGAUUAUGAUGAUGAUGAAGUCAUUUUAAGCACAAAUGCUGUAUGUGAUUGUUGUAACUGAAAUGGGAGGGCUAUAACUGAAUGGAUUUCAUGUCACUGAAUGUGUACAUCGUUUCUGGCUGUAAUAUAUUAAUGUAAAUAUUUGACUACCCUGCAGGCUGCAUUUUGAUGAAUAAUCUUUUUAUAGCCAUUUAUAACAGUGCUUGGAAAUAUGGAAUAUUUUGUGUACAGUGUCUUUUUCAUCUUAACAGUCCCAUGGAUGGUCUGUGAAACACAGGCAGCCCAUAAAGAUUUACUGAUCACCUUACAGUUUUAAAUUAUUUGUAAUUCAAUAAACCUAAUAAUUAUUUAUUAAUUGUUUAUUAGUUUG